UUCAACUAGUUAUAUUCUGAUUUCUGACAACACAAUUCUCGAUUGCAGGUUAAUUUCAUGAAACAGAAGUACUUUCCACGGUUGGACGAAAUGCUUCGUCGGUUGGGCAAAAUUCAGCAGCUACCCAUUCCUUUAGAAAAUCUGAAGCCUGAUGAGAUUGAGGAUCUCCAUGGGUAUAAAGAAGAUUUGAAAACAGCAAGAUCUUUUUUGUCAAAAUCACAAGGUCAUCGUCGGUAUGCUAUGGAUGAUCUAAUUCGUUGGGAGAAACGGCUUCUUGGAUAUAUGAAGUUGCCGAUUCUCAUGGCAGCUGUUCAAUUACCUGGUGAUCUGUUGUCGCAGUUGCAAAUUCCUCAACUGAAGCAGCAUGACAGCAACCAGAACACUACUCUGAUAGACCAGAAAAGUAUGCUAACAUCAUUACCAAAAGCCGGAACACUUUUGAAACCUGCAAAGUUACCUUCCUAUGCACUUUCUUCUUGUACGCCUUUGGCAUCAUCUGAUUUACUAGGCAAACCCGAAUAUCAGCAGAAUGUUGUUCUGUCUUCACUACCGAAGGAUGGAAAUAUUGGGCAAAUGCUAGUUUCAUCAUUGCUCCAGCAGGGACAUGCUAUUGAUAAUAGCACUCCAGUAUUAUCAGAUUCUUCUUCGAAUGAAAAUUGUGCCUACCUAGAAUGCAAUCUGGGUGGUGGUACUGCGGCCACUAUCAAUCCUGGGAAGUCGGUUUCAACAAUAACACCUAUAGAACGAUUACUCAAAGUGGUAAAAACGUCGUCAUCUAAAGCAUUAAGUGCGGCUGUCAGUGACAUUCGUUCAGUAGUCAGUAUGACUGAUGUAUUCGCAGGAUCAUACCCUGGCGAAGAAGGAGCUAGAUCUUCAUUUCCUGAAGACCUAGCGUCUACCAUAAGGUGCCGUGUUCAACGUAGGAACUUGGAAGAAAUAAACGAUGUAGGGAAAAAGAAACUGAAGCGAUGCUUUUCAAUUGAAAGUUCUCUAAAUGCUCCGCCACUUGAAUAUAAUGAAAAUACUGGCUGUAAGAAGGGAAAUGCUUUUGAGUCAUCUGAAAAAUUGAAAUCAGUUGCAACAUCUGGAAUUAAGAAAUCCAGACUUGAGAUGAGUCAUGCCCUUGUGGAAGAAAUCAGAAAGAUAAACCAUGUGCUAAUCAACACAAAACUGGGUAUUAGUGACGAGGGUAUUAGUCUGAUGUCAGCUGCAGGUGAAGAUGCUGAAGGAACGAUUGUCAUCUGUACAUUCAGCCCAAUAUAUUGCAGUUCAACUGAAAAGUUUCCUGCUCUGCCCAUGUGGUUCUUAAUCCCUGCAAAAUAUCCGCUCUGUUCCCCUGUACUACUAGACAGUUUGCACGUCAGUCAGAGUGGCGACUGCGCAUACGAAAAUCUAAUAACAGAGGCAUGGAUUAAGUUCUACGAAUUCCUACGCUGCAUAUCUGAACCAACAUCACUUAAGGAGAUGGCCAAGAGUUGGGAUUCUUGUGCUAAUGCAGUGUUUUCUGAGUAUGCCAGAAGAAUGCAAAAGUAAAAUUUAGUUCCAGAUUUGGUACUUGGGAAUAUUUGUAGAAUACUACGAAAUUAGAACUUAAAUUUUGGCUGUGGCAAUGUCUUCUUUUCUACAAUUUACGUUCUUGUAUAUUCUACUGUUACUUUUCUGCAAAGUCAUCACCAACAUGAGUAGUUAAAAGUUUAUAAAGCGAUUUUUGUUUGUUACAAGAGGAGAAUAAACCUUGGCAUGAUGCAUACAUGUACUGUUAUUUUGAAAAUUUGUAGGAUAUUUCCACCCAAUACCCCACUCCUUACACCUGACCUGACCCCUCAGCUGCACUGUCUAUU